AUGGACAACCUUGGCAGCUUGGAAUGGCCCACUGACUUCCUUGCCCUCCUGUCUUGUACCCUCAGUCUGGUUGCUACAGUGACUGCCUCUCAGUAUGAACACCAAGAACUUGAAGGAGGGGAAGUUGUGGGGGAGGCAGUGAAUGGAAGAGAUGCACUUGCCAAUGGAGUACUAGUGAAGAAAAUGGGGAGCAAGCGGCUGACAAUGAGGCAGAUGAAGAGGAAGAAAAAUGGGAUGGGACAGGAGGAGGGAGGUGAUGGUGAAGAGGCCGGAGAUGAAGAUGGGGAGACCGAGGCAGUUACAGGCAAGCAGCUGACUGGAUGCCAAGAUGCAGAUCUUUGUGAAGCCCUGCUGGGCAAGACCAUCACACUCAAAGUUGAGCCCAGCAACACCACUGAGAAAGCCAAGGCCAAGAUCCAAGGCUAG